AUGCGUUUGACCGCUCUGUCCGCGCUUGUCGCGCUUUCUACCCUGGCUCUGCACGUCACGGCUUCUCACCAGGCAUACAAAAGCCAAAGCCUGAAUGCGCGUCACUUGCUCCGUACUCGUGAUGAAGCCACGUUGACGCCGGAUUAUGAGCGUUUUGCCGACCCCGAAACGGCCAAGCAUAGUCUCAUCUUUGGUGGAGACGACAAUGUAAGCCACGAGAUCAAGGGCAAAGGUGGCAAUGGCGAGCCCAAGAAAAGCUUGAGUCUGCAGAGCGCAGACGACGGCACACGCACCGAUGCCCAGCCUGACGAGAAGUCCGUCGCUCCGAAGGGCAAGUUGCCUCCCAUGGCAAAGCUACCCGAGAAGAUCUUUGGCGUCAACCUCGGAGCUUGGUUCGUUCUUGAGAAUUGGCAGGGCAACUCGAUUUUCCUCACGCUCGACCUCGUCGAUCAGACACUGACAGACGAAUAUUCUUGGAGCAUCGCUGUUGGAAAGGAAGAGGGCGCCAAGCGUCUGAAGGAGUGGUACGCCACGCGGUACACGGAGGACGACUUUAAGCAAAUCAAAGCUGCCGGAUUGAACAUGGUCCGCAUUCCUGUCAGCCACUGGAUGCUGAACGCCUCCGACACGGAGCCAUACAUCGGAGGCAUCCAGCUGCCAUUCCUGAAGCAGGGCCUCAAGUGGGCCCAGAAGUAUAAUCUUUCCGUCAUGAUCGACCUCCAUACUGCUCCAGGAAGCCAGAAUGGUUACGACAAUAGCGGCAAAGGAUCCAACGGCAACCUCGGCCAGUCAAUCAUAGAGUGGCACCGCAACUCGACGAAUUUCUUGCGCACUUUGUCUGCUCUCAAAACCUUGACGGAAGAAGUGGUGAACACGGAAGAGUUUGGCGGCAUUGUCAAGGCGAUCGAGGUGAUGAACGAGCCUCACACUGGCAAGGACGCCAUCCCCAUCUCUCUGUUGGCUUUGUUCUUCAGCGAGUCGUACAAUGCGAUUCGUUCGACGGUCAACUCAUCUGCGCCAGUCACGCCUUAUGUCGUCUUCAACAUCUUCCAAAGCCCCGUGAAUCUUGACGAGCCUGGAGGUCUGAAUUGGGAUGGCGAGUCUGGUUGGAACACUUUCUUCCUUUCCGACGCUUUCCAGAAUGGCACCUUCUUCCUCGACACCCAUCAAUACCAGGCUUGGGACGGUCUUCUGCUCCACGACGACCACAUUGCGCGUGCUUGCAACAAGACGGCUUCCCUUGAAGCGCAGAAUGCCAAGAUCCCGACGCUCGUAGGGGAGUAUAGCUUGGGCAUCACCGUCCGAUGCGUCAAUCCCACCGUCCCCUCUUACCACAGCUGCCAAGGUCUCACCAUCAAAGAUGAUCUGAAGACACUGUCAGCUCCAGAGCAAGUGCUGUUUGCCAAAAGGUUCUACGAGGCUCAGCGAGCUGCCUAUGGAAAGACCAUGGGCAUGAUCAUGUGGAACUGGAAGACCGAUUCUGCUGCUGCUUGGUCCUACUAAGCAUCUCUCGAUGCUGGAUGGAUCACGAAGAAUCCCACCGAGGUGCGCUUCAAGGUCUUGCCUGCCGGAUCGCCUCCACUCUUUCAGUGUGUCGCGCACGAUGAUCUGACCACGACAGUCGUUGAGAACAAGGCCGACAUGGAAGGCAUGUAGUGAGUUGAAUGUGUCGGUUCCAUGAGGACUUUAGGAUGCUCAAUGCCCGCACUCCUGCACGCAGCGUCGACGACCCUCGUUCGAAGCAAAUUGCGGCGAACAUGGCUCCAGCUCUGCAGCAGUACCUGGCGGAAGGAACACUGCCUGCUGAGAUUCAGAAAUAUGGAGCGCAGUACUCGAACGAGGUGGGCAGACUGCUGAGAGCGGCUCUGCCUUUCGUUCCUUCGAGCAAGCAAGUCGUCGACCCGGGACCGCCACCUCCGCCUGCUCGUCGCUCAGUCGUAGCGAAAGACACGGCUGGCCUCGCACUUCGUCGUGCGUGAUCGGCUUGAUCUG